AUAAACCAAAUUUAUUCCAAUACCACUGACAACGGCGCAAAUGUAGUUAAAGCGUCCAAAUUGCUACACGAUAUGCAGCAAGAAAGUUUAGCAAACAAAGAUGCUAUAAAUGAUGUUGAGGCAGAUCAUAUUGAGUCUCAAAUCGCUUCUGUGUUUUCUGUUGUUCGUUGUGCUGCUCAUACUAUUCAGCUAGCAGCAUAUGAUGUCAUAAAAACAAUUGAAAAGGACUUGGAAGAGUGCAGGACGAUUGUAAAAAAAUUGAGAACCUUAGUAAGAGCAGGAAAUACCGACAUCAGUUUGCCAUUCAUCGACAACAGAACUAGGUGGAACUCUACGUAUGAUAUGAUGGAAUCACUUUACCGAAUCAAAGAAUACAUUGAAAAUUUGGAUAAAAACAUGUACAUAAAUUGGUCAUUCGUUAAGGAUUUUCUCACCGCUUUUCAACCAAUCUCUAAGUGCACCCUAAAACUUCAAAAUGAGCAGUAUAUUAUAGGAGACUUCUUCAGGGAUUGGCUUACUUGCGAACUAGAGCUUGUAGACUUGGUACCAGACAAUAUUUAUGCAGAUUCCUUCCUAAAUGCGAUGGAAAUAAGAAAAAAAUUUCCUUUUAGAAUAUAAGGCUUUCGUCGCUGCUCUAUAUCUAGAUCCAAGAUUUAAUUUUGAAGAAACACCUCUCCUCAGCUCUGAGCAAAAGGAUGUUGCAAUGGAUCACUUAAUAAGGACUUACGAAAUGAUCCAGAAAAUUGAAAAUCCAUCAGAAUAUGAGAAUGAUUGCACUUCUGGAGUUGUACCACAUACAACACAGGACAAUGAACUUCCAAGCACAUCGAAAGGGGCGUACCAUAAGUUAACGCUUCACGUAAGGUCAUUGGCAAAAUCGCAAAGUGCAACGAGACCAAUCGUAAAACCUGACAUCAAACAAAAGCUGGUUAAUCUCUGUGUAAAAGGAAUGAAACCGUUCGACACAAAUGUCCUGGAAUACUGGAGAAAAUUUUAUCGGAAUGAGUGUGAGAUGUUGAAGUUAGCGGAGGUUGUAUUAGCAGUACCAGCAACACAAGUUUCUGUUGAGCGGGCUUUCAGCGCACUUUCUACAAUACUCACUAAGUUACGUACAAAAUUGUCAAAAAAAUCGUUAUCGAAUCUAUUGAUAACAAAAUUAAAUUUUGAUAUUCUCCACUUCUCAAAAUUAGAAAUUGAAGAAAAUAAAUAGAUAAAAUAAUGUGAUGUAAUAAUU